AUGCCACUCAACGCCAAAGCCGUGUAUUCCCGCGAAAAUGCGGACUACGUCCCUUUCCCCAGCCGACGGAGUACUGUCCACAGCACAAAGGGCAUUGUAUCAUGCUCCCAGCCAUUGGCUGCCGCCGCCGGUCAUCGAAUUUUGAGUCAAGGUGGAAACGCUGCAGAUGCCGCAGUUGCCGUGGCCGCUGGAUUGAAUAUGACCGAGCCUUGCUCUACCGGCAUUGGAGGUGAUAUGUUCUGUCUCUUUUACAAUGCCAAUACCAAGAAGGUGCACGCCCUGAACGGCUCGGGUCGGUAUCCCGGGGAAGCCACCCUCGAGAAGGUGCGCAAAGAUCUAGGAUUUGCUCCUGGUGCACCGGGUGAAAUGCCCAUGAUGAAUGCCUUGGCCGCUACCACUCCCGGUGCCGCCGCCGGUUGGGUUGAUACCAUUGAGAAGUUCGGCAGUGGCAAGCUGUCCCUAGAACAGAUUCUACAGCCUGCUAUUGAGCUUGGCGAAGAAGGCUUUCCUGUUUCUGAGCUCUCAUCACACGGCUGGGUUGAAGCCGAGAAGGAUAUUCGCAAUGCGUCUCCCAACUUCCGGGAGAUGCUUAAGGUUGACGCCUCAGCAAAGGAUGGCGUGCGCAGCCCUCUUCCGGGCGAGAUUAUGAAGAACCCCACUCUAGCAAAGACCUUCCGUGCCUUAGCUGCCGAGGGCAAGAACGGAUUCUACAAGGGCCGAGUGGCCGAACAGAUUGUCAAAGUGGUACAGGACCUGGGUGGUUAUAUGACCCUCGAGGACCUUGCCUACCACGCUGAAGUGGGAACUCAAGAGGUCGACGCGAUCUCGCUCGACUUCACCGGUCAGGAUAUCGUGUCAAAGGCAACACCUGGCACAGAUGAUGGUGCCAACCGGGGUGUCACAAUCUGGGAGCACCCACCAAAUGGACAGGGUAUCGUGGCACUCAUUGCACUCGGUAUCAUGGAGGAACUCGAGAAGGCAGGCAAGAUCCCCAAGUUUACCGAGGACCAGCAUAACUCGGCAGAGUACUUGCACGCCGUGAUCGAGAGUCUGCGAAUCGCCUUUGCCGACGCGGCGUGGUGGGUGACAGACCCUGAUGUAGAGCGUGUGCCUUCGCAGGGUCUGCUCGCCCGCGAGUACCUCGCCGAGAGAGCGAAGCUAUUCCAACCGGAUCGCGCUGCCGAUAUUAUGGACCAUGGUAGCCCCGCUCACAACCACUGCGACACCGUCUACUUCGCUGUGACAGACAGCGAAGGCAACGGCAUCUCCUUCAUCAACAGUAACUAUGCCGGGUUCGGUACGGCCAUCAUCCCUGCCGGCUGCGGAUUUACACUGCAAAACCGCGGUGCCAACUUCUCACUCCAAGAGGGACAUCCUAAUGCCCUUGCACCGCGCAAGCGCCCUUACCACACCAUCAUUCCCGCCCUGAUCACCAAUAUCGCGGAUGGCUCUUUACACUCAGUUUAUGGUGUCAUGGGUGGCUUCAUGCAACCUCAGGGUCAUGUUCAGGUUAUGCUGAACAUGCUUGCCUUUGGAUAUCACCCUCAGGCUGCGCUUGACUCGCCACGCUUCUGCCUUGCUGCCCCGACGGACGAGAGUACUGACCGCACUGUAUGGAUUGAGGAGGGCAUUAGCGAUGAGGCUGUGGAGGGUUUGCGUCGUCUUGGUCACAAGAUUGAGGUCCUCACUGGCUGGAAGCGUGCUGCGUUUGGGCGGGGACAGAUCAUUCGCUCGUAUUUUGAUGACGGAAAGCUUGUUUAUGGUGCUGGCAGUGAUAUGAGAGGUGACGGAAUGGCUUACCCUUUGCUCUAG